AUGGCCUGCUGCGCUACCAGCUUCUGUGGGUUUCCCAGCUGCUCCACCAGUGGCAACUGUGGAUCCAGCUGUUGCCAGCCCAGCUGCUGCCAGCCCAGCUGCUCCCAGUCCAGCUGUUGCCAGCCCAGCUGCUGCCAACCCAGCUGCUGCCAGCCCAGCUGCUGCCAGCCCAGCUGCUCCCAGUCCAGCUGCUGCCAGCCAAGCUGCUGCCAGCCAAGCUGCUGCCAGCCAAGCUGCUGUGAAACCAGCUGUGGUAUGGGAGGCGGCCUCAGCUGUGGCCAGGAGGGAGGCUCUGGAGCCAUGAGCUGCAGAGUCCGGUGGUGCCGCCCAGACUGCCGUGUGGAGGGCACCUGCCUGCCUCCCUGCUGCGUGGUGAGCUGCACGCCCCCCACCUGCUGCCAGCUGCACCAUGCCCAGGCCUCCUGCUGCCGCCCAUCCUACUGUGGACAGUCCUGCUGCCGCCCCGCCUGCUGCUGCCACUGCUGCCAGCCCUCCUGCUGCCAGCCAUCCUGCUGUGAGCCCACCUGCUGUGAGCCCACCUGCUGCCAGCCAUCCUGCUGUGAGCCCACCUGUUAA